GUAAGCCGAAUCUCAAGAUCUGAACUCUAUCGCGACCUUUGCUACAGAUGUCAUCAAAGGCCAGUUAAUGGAUACGAGAACUGCCUUAAUAUUUAGUUACUCUACUUAAGUUGGUCCUGCCUCGGCAGCGAAGGCUUGGCGAACGCUGGACACGUGCCCCAUCGCAGCUAACCGUCAUCGUCCGCCCUGGCAUCAUCUCCUUCAAACAGGGUUCCCCUUAUAUCACGACACUUAUAACUUCUAUCCAUUUUAUCGUGUUAAUAAGUCCAAGGGGGAACUGUCUGUGAGGUCCGCUUGACGCUGGACCCCCAUAUCGAGUCAAUAUGGAAUCCAAACGCACCCGCUACGUCGCGAAGACGUUAUCUGAGCCUUCUAAACUGCUGUCGCUUUAUGAGGAUUUUAUCACUAAAAAUGCCAGUUCUGUCGGGCAGAUAGAGUCUGCGCUCAGAUCGCUGACGUAUAUAAUACCUGGUCGAUAUCGGGAAUCCGAGGUACUCUCGGAAUCUGUACACUCUGGCGUACAACUGCUCUCUUUAUAUCAUGAUUCCCUUGUUUCUCGGGUUAUCGCCCGGCUUCCUCCAACCGCCGCUCGUCCACCUCCGACUCCACAUGCCCGGUACACGAAGUACUGGACGUCGCAGUCGCCCUUGUAUCGCAAGGCGGCGCUCACACUCCAGAUGAUUCAGUACACCGAAUUGCUCUGGGAGAUGAUUGCGCGCCGCCGUGGGGAGAAGGUUCGAUGGCACGUUGUCGUAUUCAUUGAAACAAUCAAAGCAAUAUGUCGCCUGUUCUUGCUUCGAUUGACCAACUCGAGACCCCUAGUUAGCCCUCCGUUACCGGAACGUGAGCUAGACCUCAUGACCGCUAACGAAGAACGGGAGGAUAACGAGUACAAUGAUGUGCAAUCACCAGCCAGUGCAGGAUCAUCUGAUUUGAGUUGGACGAUGCCCCGGACGCGUUUGUCACUUCCUAGUCUACCAGAUGUGAAUGACGUGUCGAAUUUCCUCAUUUCCAAGGUUCUUACGGCAGACGACGUUAAGCCAGCUAAAUCUCUCUUGCACCGCGUCAACGGCCAGGGUCAAUUGGCCGAGGUCCUGUACAUCCUUAGGCCUGUCGUUUACGCCCUGGCACUUCGCAAAUGGGGCCAGGACAAGCGUAGCUGGAGACCUUGGCUAAUUGGAUUCGGUAUGGAAUAUGGAUGUCGGCAGCUUGCGAAGAAGGAUUUCCGGGAACGCAUCGCCGGGGGUCUGCGGGGAUUAACGGGAUUGGAACGAGAGGAACUCAAGAAGAGAGGCUGGGCUAUGGGUUGGUGGAUGAUGAGAGGUGCUUUCUACGAGUCCUUCACGAAGCCGUCACUGAAAAAUGUGACCGAAAAGACGAAGGGUGUGCCCUUGCUAGACCUCGUUGGCGGCAUCCUCGAAGACUACCAGUAUCUCUGGGAUAAUUACUAUUUUUCGACUGCAACCUUGUAGCAGAUUGGUUUUGUUCUCCUUCUUUUCAGCACAUUCGACAGGUGGCGAUACCCGAUGAGAUUAAUACGGAUAAUUGAAUAUCACAUAUAUGUCAUGAUAAUCGACGAUG